AUGCAACCAGUAUUCUCGCAAGGUGUUGGUUAUGGAGUUAUCCUAGGCUUGGGUGUUUUUUUCGCUGUUGUUAUGAACACAGUGACAUAUUUGCAAAAUAGAUUUUUCAGUAGCAAGUCAUCGCAAGCCGAUGAGUUUACUGCGGCUUCAAGAAAUGUUCCUUUAGGGUUAAUGGUUGUUUCUAUUGUCAGUAGUUGGUGCUGGUCUUUAACGCUUUUGCAGUCUGCCACGGAAUCAUAUAAUUAUGGUAUCUCUGGGAGUUAUUUCUAUGCAGUGGGUGGUUUAAUCCAAGUGUCAGUUUUCAGCAUUGUUGCUUCUAAAGUCAAGGCCAAUGCAAAUCUAGUCACCACUUUCCCUGAAGCCGGGUACUUAAGGUUUGGUAACAUGGGCCAUUUGGCGUUCCUGUGGUGUGGUAUUGCCUGUAACACUAUUGUUAGUGCUUGUAUUCUUUUGGGUGGUGGUGCUGUCAUCAAUGCUAUUACAGGCAUGAACACGUAUGCAGCCCUCUAUUUGGUUCCAUUAGUGUGCGCCAUUUACGUUUACUUUGGAGGGUUAAGAGCCACAUUUAUCUCUGAUGCAAUGCAUACUUUCCCACUAUUGGUGUUCUUAAUAAUUUUCGUGUUUGUCAUAUACGGCGGUGGUUCCAGCAUUAUUGGAUCUCCAGGGAAGAUGUGGGACCUUUUGACCGAAGUGGCUCAUAAGAAUCCUGUUAAUGACAACUACCAUGGAUCUUUCUUGACUUUUAGGUCCAAAGAUGGUGGUAUUUUCUUAUUCAUUUCCAUUAUUACUGGUUUCGGUUUAGUUGUAUUGGAUCAAGCUUACUGGUCUAGAGCAAUUGCUGCCCAACCACUGAAAACAUCCAAAGCUUACUUUAUUGGUGCUGUUGCAUGGUUUGUAAUUCCAUGGACUAUGGGGCUAUGUCUAGGAUUAGGUGCAAGAGCUACCUCGCUCAUGGCCGAUUUCCCCGAAUUGAGUACUUCUGAGAUUUCAGCUGGUCUAUCAGCAGUGGCAGGUGCAUCGCAUCUUGUUGGAAAAGCUGGUACUGGUAUGAUUCUAGUCAUGAUUUUCCUUUCAGUUACAUCAUCAUUCUCUGGUGAAUUGAUUGCUACCUCCACCCUUUUGUCCUAUGAUGUCUACAAGAAGUACAUCAGAAAGAACGCUUCCCCCCAUGAGGUUUUGGUAGUAUCCAAGUACUGUGUCUUCUUAUGGGCCAUCUUCGCAGGUAGCAUCGCAAGUAUUUUCCACGCUGUUGGUAUCUCUAUGGGAUGGUUAUUCAAUUUCUUGGGUUGUGCUACUGCCAGUGGUGUUUUCCCAGUUGCAUUGACUUUCACUUGGAAUAAACUAAACAGAUGGGGUGCCGUGAGUGGUUCCAUUGGAGGUAUGAUUCUUGCCAUUAUCGUCUGGUUAAUCACUUGUAAAGCUUAUCUAGGUGAGAUCAAUGUCGAUAACUUGGCCAAUAGAUGGGUUUCAUUUGCUGGAAAUGCAACUGCCUUAUUCAUGGGUGGUAUAUUAUCUAUUGGAUUUUCAUUAUGGCGUCCAGACAACUUCGAUUGGGAUGAUAUUAGAAACAGAACUAUUCUCUCUGAGAAUCUUGAUGAUUCGAAGUCAAAAGCUUUCUCCACUGAAAAGGCAAAUGCUGAAGGUACUGAGAAGAUCCAAUAUGAAGUUGAAGUUACCAGAGAAGCAGAAGUCUUCGAUGAAUCUUCUUCUACAAGCUCUGGAAAGGUUUCAAGAGACCUUGACUUACCUCAAGAAGAAGACAUUCCUUUAGACAAGUUAAGAAGACAAUUCAAGCUCUUCACCAUCCUUUCAAUUACAUUUGCCGCAAUUUUUGCCAUAGCUGUUCCAAUUCCUAUGAUAGCAUCUCCAUACGUCUAUUCCAAAAAGUUCUUCACAUUUGUCGUAGUAGUGAACAUCUUAUGGCUCUUUAGUACCUUCUUUGUAUGUGUCAUCCUUCCGGUGUUUGAAUCAAGACAUUUCCUGAAAAAGCUAAUUUUACAUGUAUCCGGUAUACGCAAAGCAGACUUUGGCAACAAUGCGAAGAAUGAAACAAUAGUAGAGGAAGAAGAUAUCUAA